CACCACGGGGCCAGCCCCUGCAGAAUUAUUUUGAGGAAACAGCGUUUAGAUUAAGCAUUAAACAGCUACAUGUAUGCUUUGAGGAUCCACAAAGUCUAGGCAGAAGGAAAAUUUCCUUAUAAAAUUCCUUUCCACUGGGAAAGGAAGUAGCUGGUUAUGAUUGAAUGAGAGACUGCUAGUUGUGAGACGCCGUGAAUACUGGGUCAGUGUGAAUCCAAACAUUCAGGGAGAAAGAUGAUUGGCUAGAAGUGGCAUAACAUGGUAUUUAGGGCACAGCUUCUGGAACUAGGCUCUCCGGGUUCAAACCCUGCCUCUGCUAUCUUCCAGUUGGGAAGCUUUGGCCACGUUACUUCAUGUCACUGUGCUUCAGGGUCCUAUCUUCACAGAGGAAAAACAGGAGGAGCUGAUUCAUAGUACUGCUAUGAGGAAUCAAUGAGUGAAUUCACGUAGAGCACUUAAGAUAGUGCCUGGUGACAUAUGUUUAAUAAUUCUAUUUCUUUGUGUUACCCUGAAAGUAGACAUGACGUUGCUGGGACAAGGACAGAUUAUUAUUACUUACAGAAAUAACCUUAUUUGUUGCCUUUCCCCUCAUUUCUUCCUCCUUCUGGAAUGAUGCAAUAAGAGCCAAUGGACAGGCCUACAUGGGGUGUGUGUUGUACUGUAGGAGAGGAACCCCCAAAAUAUGAAUCUAGAGCUUAUAUAGGAGAGGGGUGGCUGUCACCUCAUUUUUCAGGAAAAGGAGAGAUACUUUUGCCCCCUACUGUGAACAAAUUCUCCUUGGGAAGAGGAGGGGAAGAAUCCUGGGUUUUUACCCUUUGGAAUAUAAAUAGUCGGCCCCCCACAUUAGUGAGUUCCAUUAUGUGGAUCCAACCAACCGUGGAUUGAAAAGCCUACAAUGGUUGCAUCUGUACAUAUUCAGUGUUUUUUCUUGUAUUUAUUCCCUAAACAAUAUAGUAUAACAAGUGUUUACAUAGCUUUUGCAUUGUAUCAGGUAUUAUAAGUAAUCUAGAGAUGAUUUAAAGUAUACGGGAGAAUGUGCGUAGGUUAUGUGCAAAUACUACACCAUUUCAUAUAAGGGACUUGAGCAGAUUUUGGUAUGGGGGGUCCUGGAGCCAGUCCCCCCCGUGCAUGCUGAGGGAUAACUGUGAGUGUUUCCUGGAAAAGAUAAGACAAGUGUUCCUAGGUUUACAGCUCCUGGAAUGUCUCUAUGGCUUUGGGUCUCAUCUGACCCCAGAAGUGUAAACACACACCCCUGGGGAGGAAAAUCUUCUGCUAUCUGUUCAAUAAUCGUUUAGAUUUCAAGGUUUGUUCUUUAACCUAAUCCAUGUAAAACUUUUCCAGAAAGCCCCAACUGUUUAGAAACAUUAAACAUUGACUUCCUGACACCUGGCACAUAGUGAACCGCUGUCAGCAUCAGCUCUCAGGAUCCUGCAGCUGGUCAGAAGCAGUGGAAAUCGUGCCGUAACUUCCGAGGAACCAGAAGGCAAAGGAGCUCAUCGUGUGACUUCAUUCUGUUCAAUAAGAUGUAAGGGGAAGUCUGUUGGAGUCAUUUCUGGGAAAACUCGGCUUUCCUGAUAAAAGGCCUCAGGCAUGGAUGGCAGUUCCCUUUAUUCCUCCUUUCCUUCCUUCCUCGAAUGAAGAGAUGAAGACCAAAGGGCAGCAAUCAUCUUUCAGUCAUGAGGCAACAGAUGUGAAUAGGACAACGUGCCCAGGAUGGGAGCAGGACGACAGGAGGAGCCUGCCUGGUCUCUGGUGGCAUUGUCAAAGAGUCGAGUCAACUUCUGCAAUCACUCUCUUCAGAAUUCUUGUUUCGAUGCAAGAGAUGAAGGUAAUGAUACGGAAGCCAGCAAGAUGAGUAAAUUAAGAAGGACCAGAAAGAAAGUCACUAAAACACAUGCUUUCCCAACUGAAAUAGGAGAAAUGGAUAUAUCUAACUCAAAAGAAAGGAUCAGAAAUCAAAUGGUGUGCCAGAAAUUGGCAGAUAUGAGCAGACUAGUUGUGGGACCUGACUCUGCUGAAACUCAUCUGCCACAAGAUGACCCAGACUCCCAAGAUCAGACAAUAGUGGUAAAACCAUCGCACCUCAAAACACCAGCCAACGCUUCUGGUGGCGAUUUUAACUCAGACUCCAGCUACACUGAUAACACCAAGGACAGCACUGAAAUUCUGACCGCACCUCAACUCUCCUCUAGAAUGAAGCACAUUAAACAAGAGAUGGCUAAAAAUCACCUUCAGUUUGUGCGAUUUGAAGCCACAGACCUCCACGGUGUGUCCAGGUCUAAGAGCAUCCCGGCACACUUUUUCCAAGAAAAAGUGAUCCAUGGGGUUUGCAUGCCCCGAGGUUAUCUUGAAUUGAUACCGAAUCCUAAGGACAAUGAAGUGGAUCACAUAAGAGCCACAUGUUUCAAUAGUGACAUAGUCCUGAUGCCUGAGCUAUCAACCUUUAGAGUUUUGCCCUGGGCUGAGAGAACUGCGAGAGUGAUUUGUGACACAUUCACUGUGACCGGUGAGCCUCUGUUGACUUCUCCAAGGUACAUCGCAAAGACACAGCUGAACCAGCUGAAGGACGCAGGCUUCUCCCUGCUCUCUGCCUUCAUCUACGAUUUUUGCAUUUUUGGUGUGCCCGAAAUUAUCAAUUCAAAGACCAUAUCUUUUCCUGCUUCAACACUGCUAAAUAAUCAUGACCAGCCCUUCAUCCAGGAACUCGUAGAUGGUUUGUAUCACACUGGAGCCAAUGUUGAAAGCUUUUCCUCCUCCACCAGGCCUGGUCAGAUGGAAAUCUGUUUUCUGCCCGAAUUUGGCAUCAAUUCAGCCGAUAAUGCAUUUACCCUGAGAACAGGUGUCAAAGAAGUGGCAAGGAAAUAUAAUUACAUCGCCAGCUUUUUCAUUGAGACUGGAGUCUGCAAUUCAGGAAUUUUGUCUCAUAGUCUCUGGGAUGUCUGUGGGAAGACAAACAUGUUUUGCAGCAGUUCUGGAGUUGAGCAGCUCACCAUCACUGGGAAAAAAUGGUUGGCGGGGCUCCUGAAGCACUCUGCUGCCCUCAGUUGCCUGAUGGCUCCCGCUGUUAGCUGCCGAAAGCGCUAUUCCAAGGAGAGCAAAGACCUGAAGGAGAGCGUGCCCACCACGUGGGGCUACAACAAUAACAGCUGUGCGUUUAAUAUCAAGUGUCAUGGCGAGAAAGGCGCCCGGAUAGAAAAUAAACUGGGCUCAGCCACAGCAAAUCCUUACCUGGUGCUGGCCGCCACGGUUGCGGCCGGCUUGGAUGGACUUCAAAGCAGUGAUGAUGUCUUGGUGGGUCCAGAUGACAGCACAGACCUUUCUCAGUCACAUCCUUCUGAGAUCCCUUUGAAACUGGAAGAUGCCCUUGUGGCACUGGAGGAAGAUGAGUGUCUGAGAGAGGCUCUAGGAGAAACUUUCAUUCGGUAUUUUGUUGCCAUGAAGAAAUAUGAGUUGGAAAAUGAAGAAACAGAUGCUGAGAGGAAUAAAUUCUUAGAGUAUUUUAUUUAGAGUGGAAUCCUUAAUAUUCCUCUAGAGAUGUGAUUUUUACUUAAGUAGCUAAUCUACCAGAAAGAAAAGAUUGGACUUCUGUAAUUAACAACUACAAGACUAUCAACGCUUUUGCUCUUUUUUGCCCCUGUAGAAUAUUUGACAGAUCAAGUGCGACUGCUGAGAGAAGAUUCUGAUAACAGAAACAAACAAUAAAGUUGUGGUGAAGCUGUAAUAUGCAAACUUACCAGGUCUUGUCAGUUAGUCGUCAUUUUCUCCGUGUGUGUUGACCUAGAUAGAAACAGUCAACUUUUUUCAGGCAAUAAAUAUAUUCACAUAAUAAAAAAGCCAAUAAUUAGAAAGCAAAAUUUAAAGGACUGGAAAAAAGAGGAAAUAAUUUUAUUUAUUCACAUAGGUUGUGACUUCCAGGGAGACAAAAAUACUUACUAAUAUAAUCUCACUAAUCAAGACAUAUUGAGGAUCUAUUUUGCAAUCAUUAUUGUGAUGUUUCUAAAUAAGUCUAGCUUUGCAAAAAUACAGCAUGAGGACAAGUCAGCAGAAGUUUUCGCAUAGGUCCCUUCUCUUUUUUCCCUUCUUCACUAGUUCCUGAAGGGAUUAGGAACUUCAAGGCUGUCGUGUCCCCAAGAAGCAAACCCACAAGACAUGGAAUUCGGGCUGGGAACAAUGAGGUCAGAUAUUUAAUAGCAGUCAAAACCUCUCUUCAAACAAUGCCUCAUGUGGAAGCUCAAUACAAACAAUAUAGGUGAAGUGGCGAUGUGCAUGCGGGUGGGCGGGCCCUGCCUGCUUCACUCUGUUCUUUGAAACUAGAGAUUUCAAAGCCACCUCUACUUCUUUGUGAAGGAUGUGAACAGCCGCUUAUGUACCCAGGCUAUGUCUGCAGCUCAAAUUUGUAUUUAAACUACUGAUUCUGCGAUCCCCACAGGUUGUUAUCUCCCCAGAGAAUAUUAAAUAUUCCAGACCUUUGUUUGAA